GUCUGUGACAGGUUACCCAAGGGGGAAAACGGUAAGGCUAACAACGGGGGAACGCGCUAAUUCAAACAAUUAAUUCAUUUUGAGAUGGGAGACAGUGAUGAUGAGUACGAUCGCAGGAGAAGGGACAAAUUCAGACGAGAGAGGAGUGAUUAUGAUCGUUCAAGAGAACGAGAGGACCGACGCAGAGAUGACUGGAAUGACAGGGAAUGGGAUAGGGGCAGGGACCGCCGUAGCCGCGGGGAAUACCGGGAUUAUGAUCGAGGUCGAAGAGAGAGGUUUACCCCACCCAGGCACGACAUGAGUCCACAGCAGAAACGCAUGAGAAGAGACUGGGAUGAUCAUAGUGGAGACCCAUACCGUGGGGGGUAUGACUUGGGAUUUGGCGGUGGGGGGCCAAGCUAUGGCCCGCCGCAGCACUGGGGCCACCCCGACCUGCACCUCAUGCAGCCGCAUCAGGGCAUCCCCAUUCAGGCUCGGCUUGGUAACAUCCAUGACUUGGAUUUGGGUCCCCCCCCACCAAUAAUGAAGAGCUUCAAGGAGUUCCUGAUUUCCUUGGAUGAUUCUGUCGAUGAGACAGAAGCAGUCAAACGCUACAACGAGUACAAGAUCGACUUCCGUCGGCAGCAGAUGCAGGACUUCUUUUUGGCUCACAAAGAAGAAGAGUGGUUCCGGUCCAAAUAUCACCCGGAUGAGUCCAGCCAGCUGAAGGCAGAGGCUCAGAGCGCCCUACACAACCGUCUGCAUGUCUUCACGUUCCUGCUGGAGAACUCCUGGUUUGAUAAUGUGUCCCUGGACAUUGAGCAGGCUCCAAACAUCAUCAGGGUUCUGGAUGCUGCUGUGAUAAAGAUGGAAGGAGGGACUGAUCACGAUCUUCGUAUUUUGGACAUGCCGCCUGAGGAGGAGGAGGACCGUGAGAAGUCUGCAUCAGCUUCAGCGGGAGCUGAACCUCCAAAGAAGGAAGACAUCAAAACAUUAGCUGGUGACGGCAAACCCUUAGUGGAAAAAGACCAAACUGAAAAGGAGGAAACAGAUUCUGCUGGUGCAGACAGGGAGGUCACAGCAGACAGAGACGACAUAAAAGAGGAGGGAGAAAAGGAAGCUGUCAAAGAAGAAAUGCCUGAACCCAAAAAGGCAAGAAGAAAGAGGAAACGUAGCGAGGACAGCGAUGAUGAAGCCAGCGCCUCUGAGAGUGACUCCGAUUCAGACUCCAACUCCAACUGCUCCGAUAAACCUGCCAAGAAGGAGGAAGUAGAGGAGAAAGACGAGGAGGAAGAGGAAGGAGAUGGUGAAUGUGAAGAAGAGAAACCAAAGUCUGAGGAGGAGGAGGAAGAGGAGGAGCAGAAGGAGGAGAAGAAGCCUAAAGACGACACUCCUAGACCACGGCCGCUGCACAAGACUUGUUCUCUGUUCAUGAGAAGUAUCGCUCCGACGAUCUCCAAGGCUGAAAUAGUUGCUCUUUGUCGACGGUAUCCUGGUUUCCUGCGUGUUUGCUUGUCUGAUCCUCACCCAGAGCGCAGGUUUUUCAGACGUUGCUGGGUGACCUUUGACCGUAGCGUCAACAUCAAAGAAAUCUGUUGGAACCUUCAGAACAUUCGUCUGCGGGACUGUGAGCUGGCACCAGGGGUGAACAGAGACCUGGCGCGGAGAGUGCGGAAUGUUAAUGGCAUCACUCAGCACAAGCAGGUGCUCCGCAACGACAUCAAGCUAGCUGCCAAGCUCAUUCAUGCUUUAGAUGAGAAGGGCUACCUGUGGAGCAACAAAACCCAGGAGGAAGGGCCAAACGCUGAGUUGCCCGCUCAGAACCCGAUCUUGAAGAAUAUCACUGAUUACCUGAUAGAGGAGGUGAGUGCUGAGGAGGAGGAGCUCCUGGGCUCGGGGAGUGGAAUGGAUACCGAGGAGAAUCCGAAGGAGGGAAACGCAGCAGAGAUGACCGUGGAGAAGGAUGAGAAACUGGCCAAGGUUUUGGACCGUCUGGUUUUGUAUCUGCGGAUCGUUCAUUCAGUCGACUACUACAACACCUGUGAAUACCCGAGCGAGGAUGAAAUGCCCAACCGCUGCGGCAUGAUUCAUGUUCGUGGACCGAUACCCCCCAACCGCAUCACACAAGGAGAGGUGCAACAGUGGCAGAAGAUGAUGGAGGAGAAGCUGACUCCUUUGUUUAGCUUAAAAGAAGUCCUGUCUGAGGCCGAGGCAACAAAGAUGGGUCGUAAGGAUCCGGAGGAGGAGGUGGAGAAGUUUGUGUCUGCCAACACUCAAGAGCUGGGAAAAGACAAGUGGCUCUGUCCUCUCAGCGGCAAGAAAUUCAAGGGUCCAGAGUUUGUGCGAAAGCACAUCCUGAACAAACAUGGGGACAAAAUCAAAGAAGUUAAAAAGGAAGUGGUCUUUUUCAACAACUUCCUGAUGGAUGCCAAGAGACCGUCACUACCAGAGCUAAAACCUCCACCACCUCCUGCUCCGGGGCAAGGUUUGCUUUCCCCGAUUUUGCCUUUUCCUCCUCAGGGUCCGAUGGGCUUUGGUCAGCCUCGUCCCCCACUGAUGGGCUACGGUGGCCCUCCUUACCCGCCUAAUCAAUAUGGAGGAGGCAGAGGAAACAACAACAACUUCCGUGGUCAAGGUGGCUACCUGGGUAAGCCACGCAACAUCAGGUAAGACAGGAUGUCACGAGGGGAUCCACGUAACAUCAUCGAGUACCGUGACCUGGACGCACCAGAUGAUGUCGACUUCUUCUAGAAGCUUCAGUGUUACCAUCACUUACCAUCACUCCUGACCAGUGUUCUGUUCAUUCUGAUUUUUGUAGUAUUAAGUUUGUUUUUUCCUGUUUCAUUUUGUUAUGGUUGUGCAACUAGGAGACUUUCUGUGUUGCUGUACACUGGUUCAUCAAUAAAGUUGUGAAAUUUCA